UACACCCACGCACACAGAAACACACGCAUACGUCAACAAAAACAACAACAACGGCAGUCGGUCAGAAGGAACAGUCGCAGCACUCAAGGAAUUACCCCAGGAUUCGCAGGCAUCCAGCGCAAUACGAGUCCCCACACACAGCCACAGACACAAACUCAUACACCUACAGCCAGCAGCAGCUGCAACAACACGGGAGAGAGAGAGAGACAGGGAGCGUAGAGAAUAACCGCAAGAACCUCAAGACUAAGUCACACACACAAUUAUGGCUGGCGGCGGGGAUCCCAAAUGGCAGAAGGAUGCAGCCGAUCAGAACUUCGACUACAUGUUCAAGCUCCUCAUCAUUGGCAACUCCAGUGUGGGCAAGACAAGUUUCCUCUUUCGCUAUGCGGACGACAGCUUCACAUCGGCCUUUGUCUCCACCGUGGGCAUCGACUUUAAGGUCAAGACCGUGUUCCGUCAUGACAAGCGUGUGAAGCUUCAGAUUUGGGAUACGGCUGGGCAGGAGCGUUACCGCACCAUAACCACAGCCUACUACCGCGGCGCCAUGGGUUUCAUUCUGAUGUAUGAUGUCACCAAUGAGGACAGCUUCAACUCUGUGCAGGACUGGGUGACACAAAUCAAAACGUAUUCGUGGGACAACGCUCAGGUCAUAUUGGUGGGCAACAAAUGCGACAUGGAGGACCAGCGCGUGAUUAGCUUCGAGCGCGGACGCCAAUUGGCCGAUCAGCUGGGCGUUGAGUUCUUUGAGACAUCGGCCAAAGAGAAUGUAAAUGUUAAGGCUGUCUUUGAGCGUCUGGUGGAUAUUAUAUGCGACAAGAUGUCCGAGAGUCUAGAUGCAGAUCCAACGUUAGUCGGCGGCUCACAGAAGGGACAACGCUUGACGGAUCAGCCGCAGGGCACGCCCAAUGCCAAUUGUAAUUGUUAAACGGACACAAUUAGCCGAUGUUAUAGUCAAAACUAACUAGCCUACACACAUAGACACUCACACACACACCCACACACACACACAUGCAGACACACCUAUACACGCAGUACAGUUACAAUUUGAACAAAAGUUUUGAGAGCGCAGCAAAUGAAAUGCAAAAACUUAUAGAGAACGAGAACAUAAGUAAUACCAACAUAUAUAUGUAUAUACCAGCACACA